AUGGGUAACAAGUUGGCAUCGUCGGGGGAGCAGCGACCGAGUCACCACAAACACAAACGUCGUUCUCGUUCGCAGAGUGAAGGUGUGACGAGCGAUUGUGGCACGGCGGUCUCCACAACCGAUUCGCAGCUGCCACGAGAGCUUUCCAAAAGCUCAAGUAAAGUGAGUGAAAAAGUUGCCGACCAGGCUCGACGUAUCCACGAGGCUGAGAAAAUUUUGUUGGAAAUUGCCAAAGAGUAUGCAGCGAAAAGAGCCGCAGGACUGGUGCCCACUAAGCCUGUUCCGGCACGGACAUUGCUGUGGGAGGAGAUGGAGAGACGCUCACAACGUGUACGGGCAGGAGUCGGCCGACGAGGCUCGUGUCUCUUUGGUCGAGAUUCCGAGGAAGGACCGUGUGGCUGCGCGAGCUACAAGAAGAUGAAAAAGUUGCCGGACGGACGGGAAAACACCGGAGGCGUGUGUGAGUGUUGCAAACACGGAGCUCCGUGGCAUCGACUGGCAGGAGGAACCAUGACCGCCACUGGAAGCGGCGUGAUGGGGAUGCGCUCGUCGAUGCGUUCACGGCGGACAAGCAGCCGCAACAGUCGCAGCGGGAGCGCCCCGCAACAGGCACCGAUCGAGAGUUCGUUGCCAUAUGGCAUGAUGGAUGACCCGACGCCGCCACUCGUGCACACACCCGCUCGUAGCGAGGGUGACGCUCUGGAUCGGAGCUCGCUCUUCUCGAACGGAGACAGCUUCGGACUGCCGCCGAGACUUUCGAGCACGAGUCGUCAUCUAGAUAAGCUGCUGGGCGCCAUCGCAAAGUAUCGUGCGAUGGGCCUCUCUAAAGACGAGAUCGAGAUUAAGAUUCGAGAGGACUUUCCGCCCACAGAGCGACUUUCGUACAGCGCCAAUACUCCUCGACGAACCCGAUCUAGUGGAUGA